UAUGAAAAUUUAGUUGCGAAAAAUUGAACUCGCCUUGAUUUCGGCUAAUGUGUCUAAACAUCAAAUCUAAAACGUAUACAAUCAAAGUUUAACUUACUUAAUAACCGCGUUCUCUCGCGUAAAUGAUAGAACAACAACGAAAACGCGUAGAACGCGCAGUAUCCGAUAUGAUAAAUGAAAUGUAUUCAAGUCAUUUACGGAAAAUGCAGUCCGAAAUGCACUUGUGUGCAUCUAAAUGUUGUGAUGAUCAACGCGGUACUUUAGAUACAGUACAAACUUGUAUUGAGGGAUGUGCGGUGCCGUUGACAAAGGCACAGGACUAUUUACAACAUGAAUUGGGGCAAUUUCAAGGACGUUUGCAGAAUUGCGUAAUGAAAUGUAGCGAGGACGCACGUCGUAGAUUGCCAUCAAAUCCGGGCGAAAUUGAACUUUCAAGAUAUCAGUAUCAAUUUGAAAAUUGUACGGUGGCCUGUGUCGAUAGCCAUAUUGGUCUGAUACCAACUAUGAUGAAAACCAUUAAGGCCGUGUUGGAUAAAGGUCCCAAUGUUAUGUCGCAAGCGUAGUAUUGUUAUAUUUGUGUUUUUGUAAUCUAUAUAUGUAUGUUUCGAACAUACACGUUCCAAUAAAGAUGGGAGUCAAUAUGGAAAACGUGAAACGUU